CGCCACGUAAAACAUCAACACUGAAUGACGCACAUACUCACAGUGCUGCUAACUGAGCUAAGCCCAACGACAGGCAGUGUGUCGUAGAUCGUUUGUUUGACAUCUUAACUGUGGUAAAAUUAGUCCUGGACCGCGUAGAAGACCCCGCUACAAUUCUCUCGUAUUUGUCUGGGAUGUAUGGAUGGGUAGUUGACGGAAUCUCAUCGCUUUUUGAGCCCGUUACUGGGCAAAACCCCACCGAGUGGCCCGGGAAAGGUAACGCUAGCCAGGACGUACCCACGCGACCUGGCGUGGAAGCGCGAGCAGAGCAGCGGCACGAGAGCCUCUGCAGACCGGCCAAACGGAACUACCAGAGUGUUGAUGUUGCAGAUGGUGUUUGCCAGAGUGACCAGGUAGAAGUGAAAAGAAGGAGGCGAGAUGUAGUGAUUAGCUUUGUGAAGAAGACGGUGGCCGGUGUAGCAGGUCUGCUCAGGCUGCGCAACCCGCUGAAGACCAGUGUGAAGCCUGAACAUUAUGAAGAGACACAGCCUGUCACUCUGAUGGGGAUAGAUGAGCUCCAAACCUCGUGGCUGAACAGGACCGAGUGGAGAAUGAGCAAACCAAUAGGAGGAGUGAAUGAGAGGAGUGGGAAGAAUCCCUUUCAGAGCUCCACUCCUCCUUUAAUGAGGAAGUACAGCGGGGUGGGGCUGUCUGCGGGGCUCUCGGACAGGGGGAAGGAUCGGGAGAGAAGAGGCUCCCUCCAGCUGCUGCCCUCCAGACCUGCUCAGAGAGUAGGAACCACUUAUCCUGAUCCAACCUGCAAUGGCUUUGGACACAAUCGCUGCUACAAGCCCAGUCUCACUGUAGAAGAGGCCAUAAAGCAGAACAACAAGGAACACUACAGGCGCUUGCUGGAAAUGGUGACAGAGCAAUACAGCAAAAGCCAACCACUACCUUUCAACCAAACAAAACCAAACGAUGAGUCGCUGUCACAGGGGGAUCACAGAACUGCUGCCUCAGGAAAAGCCUUUGAACCAGCGCCCAGGAAAAUGGGAUUAUCAGCUUCCCCUAGUAUGUUUACAUGGAGAAAUUCAACUGCAACCAAGGACAGAUGGGGUAGCCUAACUUUCACCAAAAAUUUCAGUGGAGCCUUUGAGGACACACAGCCUGCGAGAUGUGCGAAGCAGAAACAGGCAGCAGAUUUGGAUCUUUCUACUGAAGUAGCUACUCGCCUCAAUCUAGUGGACAGAGAGACUCCUGCUGUCAGCCUCCCUGACUCGCAUUCUGCACACACCGCACAUGCAAGGCACAAUGAUGAGGACAUACCCAGGCUGACCAAGGAAAUGUCAGCGGAGGUGAGCUGUGCUCUGGCUCAGAGUGAUCCCAACCUUGUUCUCAGCGCGGCGUUCAAACUACGCAUCACACAGAGAGACCUGGCCACGCUGCAGGAAGGAGGCUGGCUUAACGACGAGGUGAUGAACUUCUACCUGUCUCUUGUCAUGGAGCGGUGCUCUAGAGAAGCAGCAGGAUUAAAAACCUACUCGUUCAGCAGCUUCUUCUUCCCGAAGCUGCGGGGAGGAGGAGGCGGGCAGGCUGGCGGACACACCGCUGUGAGGCGCUGGACCAAGGCUGUCGACCUCUUCCUCUACGACCUCAUCCUGGUCCCUCUGCACCUGGGUGUCCACUGGGCAUUGGCUGUGAUUGAUUUGAAGUCAAGGACAGUGAAUUCAUAUGACUCGAUGGGGCACAGGCACGAUGACAUCUGCGUUCUUUUACUACAUUACCUAAGAGAGGAGCACAAAGUAAAGAAAGGCAGAGAGCUCGACAGCACCAAAUGGUCUGUUGGGAGCUUGCGGGCCGCUGAGAUUCCCCAGCAACAGAAUGGCAGCGACUGUGGUGUUUUUGCCUGUAAAUACGCAGACUAUAUCGCAAAAGGAAGCCCUCUAACCUUUAAACAGUGCCACAUGCCGAUCUUCAGGAAAUUAAUGAUUUGGGAAAUCCUCAAUCAGAAGCUGCUAUAAAGGAUCGCAAGAAUUUCUAAUAACCGCCUAACAACAGUGACCUUCUGAAUGGGAGCAAAUUCUGUGUACAACUACAUGGUGAAGAAAAGAAAUGAGUGGGCCAAAGACAUGGACUAAAAAGUGUAGCUGUUCUGGACUGAGGAGAUGAAAACAAAAGUCUUAAAAGCUGGCUGUAUCCCCUUUCCUGUAUUAACACUCUGAGUUAUAAUUGGAGACAUUAUUGGGAUGGAAGAAGCGUAAGUUUUACACAAGCUUUGGCACUACUGAUUGAAUGGCUUUUUGUAUUGAGCUUUGGUUCUACUGUUUGAAGUGUUGCCUGAAGUGCCUUCAGCCCUCUGACACUGAGCUCCAGUACGAGAGCAUGAUUCUGUUUCAUUUGGGAAAUGACUUGGUCACAUACAAGUCUGACAACAUUUAUUUAAUUACAUUAUUGAAAAUCGGUGAUAUUUCGGUGUAAAUUCUGAAUUGUGAGAGAUUGUAUUGUUAGCAGUGACUCAUUACAAUGCUAAUGACAUGAAAAUCAAUCUCUGUGGGAAAUGUAGACAAUGAAAAUCAAUCAAUACCUCCUUUCCAGUCCCCUUUUGAAGAGAUGCGUGGUUGACCGCUUGACUUGUGUUUGUUUUUCCUAUUAUUUAUAACUUGACUGAAUGCGAAAGUGUUUCUGCAGAGUGUGUAUAGUUUGUUUUACUCCAUGAGUGGAGCAUUUAUCGUUGUUCACCAUAUGUUAAAUAAGGCGCUGUUAGACCUAGCAAUCUUUUCCAUGAGCGUAAUGCAAGAGGCUACUUAGGGCUUUUACAUUGACUUAACCUUACAGUAUAGUAAACUGCAUAGCAAACUACUGUACACACAUGCAUGUUUGAGUUCAUGCUUAAAAAUGUGAUUUUCUUUCUCCCUGAAAGCAAGUAUUUCCUUUUUUAAACGGUUGGUUUUUGAGAGUCAUUAAAACAUGAGUGGUCAACCUGCA